AUGGCAUCAAGGCCGACUAAUCCACAGUUGCAGUCUCGCCGAACCACGAAGCGAGGCGCAUUCGUCGAUGCUAUCUGGCAGUGCGACUGCAACCCACGACUUCCUGCCGACAAAUUUCAGGUUAAGAACGGUGGCAAGAACCAUGGAAGGUGGUGUAUGUGUCUCUAUCUUCCCAUUGAUCCCCUGCUCAUUUUGGUCCUGCAAGUCUACACCUGCCAGAAGCCGCAACAUAAACGCUGUGGCUUCUUUCUCUGGUCUGAUGACGCCAAAGUCCGCGAAGAGGCUGCUGUUUUGACCAACUCACGCUCCGAAUAUCCUCCUUUUCCUCAGACCCCCAGAAAGGCGAACACGGUUACUGCCGCUGGCCCCCCUACACCUGAAACCAACAAGAGACCGAUUGAUAUUCACGGGCGCAUCUCAGGUCCAGAGAAAGAGCUGGCAACAGCCAACAAUGAUGAGAGUUUCGGGUGGUCUUCAAGCGAUGACGAGGGCCUCCUCAGAGCCGAGCAAGAACUUCUUUUGGAUCAAACCCUUUUCGAGACGCCUCACAAAGUUGCUCGCACAACAGCUCUUUCCUCACCUGGGAAACGGACAUAUCGAGACAUGGAUACAAAAUCUGGUGAUCGUGAGCAGUGGCCACUCAGUGAUGAUGUAUUUGCGACUCCCACAACCUCUCGCCUUUCAUCUUCGAUCGGAUUGUUCUCCCCAUCAAGUACACCUGCCAGAUAUAUCUCUCAGCCAAACGCACGUGAGAGUGCGGCCGAGCCUUCAACCCUUGCUGUCGACGCACUGAAAAUACUACACGGAGUGUCUCUCAGCUCUAAGGUCGAGAAAAACUUGAUUGAUUUACUGGACAAGCAUGAUUUACGAACACAAGGAAUUGUCAGGGGUCGCGACAUCACUCGGCUUGCAGUCCAAGCCAAAGAGACCAAAAUUGCAGAGCUCCAAGCUCGAAUUACCACACUUGAAGAAGAACGAGAGACAAAUCGGACCGUCAUCUCACUUUUGAAGCAGGAUAUCGCUGCCUCGCCCAAGAAAGGGGGACACAGAAACCCGCCCCCUUUUCGUCGAUCAGAGGUGUAA